ACUCUUGGUCAGGGUCCGGCUAAGAGGCGAGCCAUUUCUCUCUCCCCAAGUUAUCUAUUACCCGUGGCCGAUCUGAAGAUAAAAAUAGCUGCAGAAGCUGUUUGUUUAAUCUGACUGUUACUUGACACCACGCGGGUGUUGCAGUGGGGACUGUUUGCCUCUUCUCCACCAAGAACACCAUUUGGUCUCCCCCGGCUGGCUCCCUAUUUAGGUACGCUUCCCGAACUUCCCGUGUCUGGGCAGCUUCUGGGCACUGAUUGUCCUCAGGUGGGCAGGUUUGUGGACAAUAAGAGGUCCAGGUCUUGAAUCUACUCCCCCCUAUCUUUGGGCAGUCCGGCUACAAGGGAAGAAAUCUGGGCUGCUGGGCAGAGCCGGGCUGCUGGAAGAGGCAGGGUUUUCUGUCCCCAUUCCUGGGAGGCCUGGAGAGCAAGCCGCCGGGACUCGCGGAGAGCGGAAGAUGGGCCGUGAUGACAGCAAAUGGAAGCAUGAAAAGAAGUUUUAAAACUACAGGUCGUAAAACCCAGCAAGGCAGGCACCCGCAGUCCCCGCUCCUGUAACAGAAAAAUAAAACUCCCACUUUGCCAUUGCAUCUGAUCAUCAGGAAACUCUGAUUUUGUGACAAGAGGGCUGCAUCCAACCCUUCCAGAAGCAUCACCCAGGGGUGCCCACUGGCUGACGGGGACGGUCUUCCUGGCUGACAGACGAUGCAGGGGAGUAAGAAGUGCACAGACGGCUUUAGCGACUCCUCGAGCAUUGGCAGUGUGCUGGACGAUGCGGACCGGGAGGUGAGCAGCCUCACAGACCGGGCAUUCCGGAGCUUGUGCAUCUCAGAGGACGCCUCCUUCCAUGACUCCGACCUGGCCCUGUCCCCAGAUAUCACCCGCCAGGUGUUUGGGAAUCUGCACCAGGGAACGGUGAGCCACACCCACCGGAAAAGUGGCCUUUGGAGCCAGUUACCAUCACAAGGCACCGAGCACGCAGGCUGGGCGGCCACAUUCCAACAGCUGCCCAAGUACGUUCAAGGGGAGGAAAAAUACCCCAAAAGCAGCCCCCCGCUGACCUCAGCCCAGAGGAGACUGGAGGUGCCCGUUUCCGGCCUGAGGAGCAGCAACAAGCCUAUUUCCAAAGUAUCAUCACUAAUUAAAUCUUUCGACAGGACUGAGAGCCAACGCUGUGACAGCAGACCACCGCCAAGCAAGCCUCCGGCUCUCAAAAAUCCCCCCAAAUUUGCUCCUCUUCCGGAAAGUGGCGUCAACUUCUGCUUCGAUUCUGCCUUUUUGACCGUCAGGAGGGUACCUGCCGAAGUCUCCAGCACCCAUCAGACUAGCCACCAGCCUGGCAGGAAGCACGGAGAGGAGUCCCCCAAGAACCCCGAAAUGGCCUGUCACGGAGCCAGCAGCUUUCUCCCAGCACCCGAAAAUGCGGGUAACUCGUUUGAGUCAAAGUUCCCCUCUCCAGCCCACAAGGCAGCCACGGGUGAGCCUGGAAGGGGCAAGGAGUGGGCUCCCAAGGGGACUUUUCUUCAUAGUGAAAACAGUGCUUUCGAGUCCUGGAACGCCCACCAGCCAAGGCUACCUGAGAGGAAGGAUGCUGCUGAUGCUGCCCCAGAAGGCAAGGCUCCCGUGCAUUAUGAAGACACGCCCUUGUUAAGAGAGCCCCCGGUCCCCGAGCACAAAGUCUCCCCCUGCCAUGUCCGGGCCAGCUGCGGUCAGGAAGAGAAUAGGCUGGUCGCAGGGACUCUCCCCACCUCCGGACCCUGGGCAUCUAGGGAUCCUGGAGCCCAGAUAUUUGCUACGGAGGGAAAAGCUUCCAGCUCACAGCCUGACCCUCAGGUGAAGCCAAACCAUGCCCCCUGGAGGAAACCAAAGCCUGGUAAAGGAACGAAAGAAAGUCUACAGGAGGCUUCGGGAGAGAGGAAGCAGGCCAACAGGAGAGGUCCAGUCUUGUAUACAAAGCACAAUCCUCAGGAGCAAUUUCCAGAAAAUGAUGCUCUUGACAUGCCUGUGGACCCCAGCAAGCAUUACGAUCCUCCUUUCAACAUCAGUAAGCUGCUGACCCCCAUCAUACCCACCAAGCAUGUCCCGGAGUCAUCCGACAGCCAGCCGGUGGAGACAACCCCGUCGCCCCCAGGACAGCUAAACGGAUACCAAGAGAAGGAGCCCAGCGAAUGUCAGUCCCGGGACAGCUACAAGUCCAAAGCCCCUAGCUUGCUGUUCAACCUCAAGGACGUGCGCAAGCACGUGAAGAGCACAUACAGUCCCUCACCUCUCUUGAAAGGUCUCGAUGAGAAAGCCAGAGGCCAGCAAGACUCCCUGAGCAACGGCGUCCUCCUUCCCAACGGGCUCGAGGAAAGCCCGCCAGACGAGCUGUGUAAGGAGAGAUCCGCUGAAGCUCCUUCUGUGUCGCUAGUCAGUACCCAGAAGGACCCCAGUGUAGCCUCUGUAGACAACAACCUAACUCUAACCUCACCAUCAGCUACCACCAAAGCUCCCUUCUGUGUCAACGGCGAGGCUGCCGACAGGAACGGCUAUGAGAAGGAUGACGCCAAUGGAGAAUCAGAGAUGGGUACCUCCAGGCCUGGCUGGUGUCCAGACUCCAGGGAACGCCACCCCAGGAAACAUCUGUCCCUGAAGCUUUGCAGGGGAGACUCCGAGGUGGCGAAGGCUUUGGAGAACCCGAAGACCCUCGGCCUAGAGAAUGGGUUCUUGAGAUCCAUCUCUCAAGAGACAGAACCCGAGAGAGAGGUAGGACUUCAGAAUCCAAACUUCAACCAGAAAUUCUCCCCAGGGCCCCUUUCUCCCGAGGAGGAAGAUGUGUUUUAUAGCGAUACACAGUCUGAUUUUAUGCCAGGCCUCAAAAGUAGGGCCAAAUUCAGCACCAGCUCUUCGGAUCAGUCUUUUGCCUCGUUCGAGGAUCAGCAGAAGAUGUGGUUCACCGAGAGCCAGCGGGAAGACAGGAGGAAUGACGUGAGUGCAGGUGAUAGUCAGAAGGAUGAGCAGGAGAAAGUGAUGGAGGAAGCUGAGCUACAUUACUGCCCCUUAAACAGUGGGCACACACGCGUGGAGGAGCUCAGCAAGAGGCAAUCGUUGCAAGGCGAAGAGGAAAGUUUGCCUGGAGGUAGCCCCAGGAAGGCAUCGAGGGAGGAAGCUAAUUUCAGAGGCACUUGGGUUGGGGGAAGUAAGGAUUCCUCCCUUUCCCAUGCCAAAGACCUAACCCUUUCACCAUCGUCCACUUCAAACAAGCACAUACUGUUUGCAAUUAAAGACAACACCCUCAGGGCCACCUCUGUGAUAAAACCCAUCAUGCUGCCCCUCUUGAGGGUCACGUCCUCAGAGUCCCCUCUGGGCAGUAGCCACAAAGAGGAGGAAUUGCCAAGGCCGGGCUGGGGCGGGGACGCUGGCCUUUAUGCUCCUGAGAGCCAGGAAAUGCCCAGCACUCCAACAUCUGCCAGCGUGCAGGGUACACACUUGAAGGGCGCGACCUGUGAGGGCAUGGAGGACCACGGGCGGGUGCCCAGUGCGGCGAGGACGGAAACCUCCCAUCCAGCUCCAAAGAGGUAUGUCCCAACUCCUCCAGUCACUAGAGAGGGCCAAGGGCUGAAGCCAACCCCUGACAUCGCAUGGCAAUUUGUGGCAAAUGACCGCAUGAGCAAUUCUGCAGACCAGGGGAAGCUAGAUACUCCAAGGUGCAUCCCCACGAUUGCUUUGCCCGAAGGUGACCUGGAAGACCAGCCACCUCCACAGCAGCUUGGAACUUGUUGGCAAGAGCAGACACAAGGCUUCCAAAGUCACCUUUUGUCGACACCCAGGGCAGGGCCCCCAGGGAGAAGAUUGGUCCCCGGGGAGAUGGCGGUGUCCCCCAAUGCCAGCUCCCUGGAGGAGAACAGCGUGUGCUCCCCUGCCACCAGUAGCAUUUGGGACAAUGCCUCCCAGGCCCCCAGUGAGCUAAGCCUGCUGCCAGGGGAGCCUCCCCGCAGCAGCCCCUGGGCCAGCCCCGGCCCUGGCAGGGUGGCCCGCAGGGAGGACCUGACACAUGCCUUCACGUGGGAGGCUGGCUCCGACCCCCAACUUGAGCCAUCAGCAGAAGACCUCAGGACGCUUUCUCCAAGAGGCUCCUUGCUGGAUGUGGCCACCAGCUCAGCAGGCCUCCGGGAGAAGCCAGGGCCUCCUACUCAGCUGGACAGGGCAGCCGGCAAGCCACCCGCAGUCCCGCCCAAAACAGAGAAGGCCCUGCGGCGGGCGAAGAAAUUGGCGAGCAAGAGGAGAAAGAUCGACCAGCUGCAAGAAAAGCAUGGCGAACGCCGGGAGGAAAGGCUCCAUCCUGAGGACUCAGAGCAUAGGCCACCAUCCCCCAGAGAGAAGCCCCAGCCCAGGUUCCCCGUGGUCCGCUCCCUGCCCCCUCCCACGCACCGCCACUCAGUGUCAGCCUUCUCAGAGCCGGUCCGACGGCGGCCUGGGGGGUCCCAGUCCCUUACACCCCUGCCCGCUUUCCCUGCCACCCAGAAGGUCCUCCAAGACCCCCAGUCUGGAGAGUACUUUGUCUUCGAUCUGCCACUCCAGGUGAAAAUCAAGACCUUCUAUGACCCAGAGACAGGCAAAUAUGUCAAGGUCUCCAUCCCAGCCUCUGAGAGAGGUUCCCCGGAGCCAACCACGCCAGACGUGCUUGCUGCUCCCUACGUGCUGUACCCUGGCUUCCGGCCCCUGCCCAUGACGGCCCUGAUGCCCCUGCGCUGCUCCUCUCAGCUCUCCGCCCCCACCUUCCUAAGGCAGCCCCCUCACACCACUGAGGCAGUGGGCCCCAGGCCCCGGAGCGCCCAUGAUGCUGCCCUGCAGCUGGCCUCUGAGCCUCCUGGCGACCCCACCCAGCAUUCGGCAGGCCAGCGCCCUGAGGGGCCUCCCCAGAGCCCGGGGGAGGAUGAGGAAGAUGCUCCAAGCCUGGGCAUCAUCUCUACCAAUGACCUAGAGGACUUUGCCACAGAAGGCAUUUCUUGAGAAUUACAGCAGACGAACUCCCCACCUAGUAAACCCCGGAGAGCUUACUUGCCCCUCCCCCAGAACAAUCA